GUCAUUGUUUCAACAGCAGAAUAGAACACGGUGUUCCUGAACACUCAUACUGUAAGCUGGACUGCAGACAAAGACCAUGCAUACACACAGAAAUUAUUAUCUUACAUCAAGGAAACAAAUUCAAAGUUCAGUGAAGGCCUGACUGAAGAAGACGAUCUUGCCAUGUCCACUGAUGUUAACAGGGAGGCCGUAUUCCAGGCGACAAAGGUUCGAACCCAUCUGAAACAAGAUGGAAGCUGGAUCAACAGAUCUAAAAAUGUUGAGGACACACAGUCAGAUGUAAAAGCAAGUAAACCAAUAAAGCAAGGAAAACCUAAAAAUGUUUCAUCACCUGAAAGCAGUUCGGUCUCUUCCUCCGUCAUGCCAUGUGCAGAGAGUACCACCACCUCCUCCAGCCUGGACUCGUCCACACCCCCUCAAAGCUCUUAUGUCGUGUCAGCCUUAAGGAAGUUUGAUGCACAUCCUGUCCUUGAGGACCCCAGGAGAGCACAUGUAGAGAAAGCAGUGGAGACAUCCAUAGCCAAAGCCACAGAGCAACCACUGAAGACACCAGCAGAUGCUUCUGUAAAGGACAUAGUGGAAAAACCAAUCGCUAUACCUGAAGACGAACCAUUGAAGACACAUGCAGAUGUUUCUGUAAAGGACAUAAUGGAGAAACCUACAAAUAAACCUGUAGAGGAACCAAUGAAGAUGCAUGCAGACGCUCCUAAAUUGGAUGUAGUGGAGAAACCUAUAGAGGAACCAUUGAAGACACAUGCAGACACUCCUAAAACAGACAUAGUGGAGAAACCUGUUAAAGAACCAUUGAAUACACAUGCAGACACUCCUAAAAUGUGCGUAGUGGAGAAUAUAAUUAAACCUGUAGAGGAACCAUUGAAGACACCUACAGAUGUUCCUGUAAAGAACAUAGUGGAGAAACCUGCAGAGAGACACACAGAGACUGUAGAGGGAACAAGGAAGACACCUGUAGAUGGAGCUUCAACAAAUCAAACACAAUCCAGUGGAGCGCUGCAGGAGAAAACAGUCAAAACCCUACAUGAGAACCCAGCAAAGCCUUCACUGACUACAGAGAAUAAAGAGGAUGAUACAGUUGAACAAGUCUCAAUAGCACAUGCACCUGUAGUAGAGGCUCUACUCGAACCCAGACAGGUAGAAAACCAGCCUACAAGUGAACAUGGGGAACUUUCACUAGUAUCUGCUCUGGAAACUCCAACUACAGAGUCAUCAACUAGAUCAACUACAGAACCAACCGAAGAACCCCGUGUGGCAGCCCUGGAAGAGAACCACAGACUGAACAGUCAAGCUCAAUUGAAUGUCAGAGGUAAAACCAUGUGUUCCUUCUGCAAGCUGCCCAUAGAUGGAAAUGUGAAAAUCUCCAUCAACAUUCCUGCCAUUUGCUGCCAUCCGGAUUGUUUAAAGUGUAAUGGUUGCAGCAGUCCUCUGGGCGAUCUCUCUUCAUCUAUGUACCACUAUGCUGGGAAAAUCCUCUGCGAGAAAUGCUUUGAUCGAAUCUUCCAGCUCUGAUGACUCAUCCUACUGCAACCUACUCCACUACAACUCAUCACCAUAACACCCAAGCACAUCUCAGUGUCUACCAGCAAGUUUCCUGUAAUUAAGCACUAAUUAAAAAAAAAAAAAAAAAAAAAAA